AUGGUUACCCUAAUCGCCACCCUGAAAGAAGUAGAGAACAAGCAAGCUCAUACCAGGCCCUCACCGCCGUGCGCCGCCGUCAAAUUCCAAAGAAGCUGCCCGCCAAACUCCGGUGCACUUGAGAUACUGACACGUCAGGUUAGCCACGCUAUUUUCACAAUUCCAGAAUUCUGUAGUGAUGGUAUUGAAUUUCCAAUGAAAAUUGUGAUUCUGUCGAAAUCCCAAUCACUUUUUGAAUGCUUGAACGCAUUGGUUUCUGAACAUAGUAAAAUGGAAAACUGGGAAAGUUCUGGAGAUCUUAUUGAAAUCAAUUCACAGAG